AUGCUAACCGAUCAUUGCCAAUGUGACGUUUCUUGGUUAGGCGGUCAAAAAUAUUUUGCAGAAUUCUUGAAGAGUGAGUAUAGUGAUGAGAAUAUUUUAUUUUGGCAAGCAUGUGAGGAGUUGAAAAGGGAAAGGAAUCCUGAAAAAAUUGAAGAAAAGGCUAGAAUAAUUUACGAGGAUUUCAUAUCAAUAUUAUCUCCAAAAGAGGUAUCAUUGGAUUCACGAGUAAGGGAGAUUAUCAACGCUAACAUGGUACGUCCAUCAGCACGGAUAUUUGAUGAAGCGCAGAAUCAGAUAUAUACUUUAAUGCAGCGCGACUCGUACCCACGUUUUAUUGCUUCAACAAUUUAUAAAAAGCUCCUUGGAUCUUGUGGACAAAUGGACGAACUGUGA